AUGAAGUUUAGAGCAAAUUUAAGCACUCUCUUUAUUGGUUGUGUUGAAGCAGAAACUGGGUAAAUAACAUAAUUAAUGUUAGCAGAUUCAUCACAAGCUUGGAUCAAAUUGCUAUUGAUAUCUUACAGUUAUGAUAUUGUUAUUGCUUAGUUUCAGUACUAAGAUUUUUCUACAUUUUUAGUUCAGAAGUACUAGCUAAACCCUUUAACAUUAAUGCUUGAUUUAUUAUGGAGCAGAAAAUGCGAAAUCUAGUCGAAUAGACAAUUCGUAUAUCAUGUACAAGUUUAUCUUGUACCUAAUGGAUUUCAGGAAGUAUACACCAUUGGUUGA